AUGUCCUGCCUCCGGCGUCAGACCGUCACCAUCCCUAUGGACACCGUCAAGAUCAUCCAGUCGGAGAAGUUCCCCAGAGAGUGCUCCGUGCCCGUCACGCAGCCACGCUAUGCCCCGCCCCCCCGAGUGGCGUGGGACGGCGGAGGCGAGGGCCAGAUAAUCGUCAACCAGGCCUGCAGCGACCUGACCCUGGACAUAACGGUGUCUCCCAGGCCGAUGGUGUCCACCCCGGCCCCCGUGACGCGCAGGGAGCAGAGCUUCCUGGCGCAGCGCAAAGCCAGUGCCAACGAGAUCUGCUACCACCAGUUCCAGUACAAGAUGGAGGACGUCAUAGUCAACCAGUACGUGCUACGCUCCUCCUCCACCUCCUCUUCCACCUCCUCCUCGUCCACCUGCUCGGGACCCGUCAUGCCCUGCGAGCCCCUGGACUGCCCCACCUGCGGCCACACCUACAACUUCACCGGCAAGCGGCCGCGCAUCCUCUCCUGCCUGCACUCGGUGUGCGAGGAGUGCCUGCAGAUCCUCUACGAGUCCUGUCCCAAGUACAAGUUCAUCUCUUGCCCCACGUGCCGGCGUGAGACGGUGCUUUUCACUGACUAUGGCCUGGCUGCUCUGGCCAUCAACACCAGCAUCCUGAGCCGCUUGCCCUCUGACCCCAACGGGCCCGUGCAGUGGGGCGGGGACGCCGACCGCAGCUGCUACCAGACUGUGCGCCAAUACUGCCAGUCAGCCUGCACCUGCCAGAUCGCUAACCCCUUGUCCUCCUGCGGCAUCAUGUAG